AUGGCUGACUUAAGGGUGUAUAAGAUCACCGUCGUAUAUCUCCAAGGCCUCGAAGAAGUUUCUUUUCGGAAAGUCAAUAAUAAUCAAACCAACCAAAAUACUAAAGAAUAUCCAAUCAAUCAUUCCGAGAGAUCGGCCUAUAUUCUCGUUGGCCACAAUGUCAAAGUUGAACUGAGGGUAUUAACUCGAUUGGGGUUUGAUUUAUCAUCACUGAACGCUGAUAUUAUUGAUACUGCUAGUAUCACUGAUGAAGUUUUCGGAGGUGCAGGUUAUUCUUUACGGGAAGUAUUGACUUCUCUCAACUGCCCUUUCAAUAAUUUGCAUAGCGGUGGGAAUGACGCGAACUUCACACUGAGAGCUUCACUCCUUCUAGCAGCCAAAGGCUGCGUUAAUCAUGGUCAUGCCAUGAUUAGCAUCCUAAGGAUGAUUUCUACUGAGCCAAUCCCAUAUCGAACAGACCCCAAAGUCAAAGCGGCGAAGAAAAAAGAGAAAAGAGCCGCAAGAAGCCGGAAGCAGCAGUCUAAAUUCUGGAGUUUUGACAAACAAAAUGAGAUUCGUGCUGAGCGCGCAGCUCGGCGAAUGUCAGGACAGGAGGGGAUACUCGGGAAGUGA